AUGCGUAACCCUGAGGCUCUCAAAGGCCACGCCCACAGACACUUUAUCGACAUCUAUACCGAGGAGAACCUGAACCAAGUGAUUGCAAGGUCUUACCGGGAAUGCCAGAGAAAAGUCAUGCGUGUUGACGGUAUAGUGGCCACCGGAAGCGAGCAGUGCAGCCUCUGCUUGCAUAAGACUUCACCAAUAUCGCCCUUACACUGUCAGCAGUGUGACCAGGUUCUCAAGCUGUGCACUCACUGUGUCCAAUAUGCCAGCAAGUUGCAUGUUCACCCCAUUCCAAGAUUCAACGACGACUCCAGCCAAGGGAAUCUUGUGCAGGUACAGCGUCCGACCUCGAAACCCUCGCCUUCGGGACCGCAAUACUCACCUGCCACGCCGUCACCGCAAUCGCCGCGACCAAGUCAAGGUUCGUUCGGCAGUGCUGCUCCUCAGCCUCAACGACCUGCACCCGGGCGUCCUCCAACAACGGGACAAACCAUCCCUCCCCGAAGACAAAGGAUCGGCAGCGCUCCGCCCCAAGGCCUAUGGUCCAGACCUCAAAGCUAUGGCCCAGCGCCGACGAGACCGUACGGCGUAACGCAGCAGGGAGACUUCCUCAACGAUCUCACCACGAGCAUCGCUAUAGCAUCCAUCACGCAGGCAGUCGUAGGCGCAGAAUCGAACGCGAUAUACGACGGAUCCGGCGCCACUGGCCCCACAGACGCCGGGAACCUCGACACAGGCACAGCAGCUGCAGACACAGGUGGCGCUGGCGCAACCCAGGACGUCAGCGGUGUGCAGGGAACGGACUGGACCGGACAGGAGACGUGGCAGGAUACGACCGCAGCGUACGACUCUGGAUGGGCCGCCGAUGACCAGGCACUGUUUUAG